AUGACUCACGAGCGCCUCCAGGAGCAGCAAGGAGCAGGAUUGUCCGCCAAUAAGACCUCGCCCACCAAGAAACUUGUCUCGGAGGCAAUCCUUGCGGACGUACCUCUGGUUGAGGUCAAAAAGGUGCUCGUUGUAGGAUCCGGUGGACUGACUAUUGGACAGGCUGGAGAGUUCGACUACUCAGGCUCCCAGGCGAUCAAAGCCCUCAAGGAAUCUAACAUCGAGACCGUCUUGGUGAACCCCAACAUCGCCACUAUCCAGACCUCGCAUGCGCUCGCAGAUACCGUUUAUUUCUUGCCCGUCACCCCUGAAUACCUCGAGUAUAUCAUCGAGCGUGAGCGUCCCGAUGGUAUCCUCCUGACCUUUGGUGGACAGACUGCCCUGAACUGCGGCAUCCAGCUCGACAAGAUGGGUAUCUUUGACAGGCUUAAUGUCAAGGUCCUUGGUACCCCCAUCCGCACCCUUCUCGUCAGUGAAGAUCGCGAUCUUUUUGCCAAGGCUCUGAAUGAAAUCGACAUUCCUGUGGCCCAGUCUGUUGCCGUUGAUAACAUGAAGGAUGCCUUGGCUGCUGCUGAAGAGAUCGGUUACCCUGUCAUUAUUCGAUCUGCAUUCUCGCUUGGUGGCUUGGGCUCGGGAUUCGCCGCGAAUGCUGCGGAGCUCACGGCCCUUGGAACAAAAUCCUUGACUCUGUCGCCCCAGAUCUUGGUCGAGAAGUCCAUGAAGGGAUGGAAGGAGGUUGAGUACGAGGUUGUGCGUGAUGCUGCCAACAACUGCAUCACCGUCUGCAACAUGGAGAACUUUGAUCCACUCGGAACCCAUACCGGAGACUCGAUUGUCGUGGCGCCUUCGCAGACUUUGAGCGAUGAAGAGUACCAUAUGCUUCGCACAGCUGCCAUCAAGAUCAUCCGACAUUUGGGGGUGGUUGGAGAGUGUAAUGUCCAAUAUGCGCUGCACCCAGAGAGUCUCGAGUACAAGGUCAUCGAAGUGAAUGCUCGCCUGAGUCGCUCCAGUGCCUUGGCCUCAAAGGCAACAGGAUACCCUCUGGCCUUCAUUGCUGCCAAGAUCGCUUUGGGUCACACUCUGCCCAACCUCCGCAACUCCGUCACCAAGACCACUACUGCCUGCUUUGAGCCCUCGCUAGAUUACAUUGUCACCAAGAUCCCUCGCUGGGAUUUGGCGAAGUUUCAGCACGUCUCCCGCGAGAUUGGAUCCUCGAUGAAGUCUGUUGGUGAAGUCAUGGCAAUCGGCCGUACCUUUGAGGAAUCCUUCCAGAAGGCCAUUCGUCAGGUUGAUCCUCAAUUCAAGGGUUUCCAGGCAUUGGAGUUCGCGGAUAUAGACAAGGUUAUGGCCAACCCCACCGAUCGUCGCCUCUUCGCUAUCGGUGAUGCCAUGCUGAACAAGGGCUACACUGUCGAUCAGGUCCAUGACAUUACCAAGGUUGACAAGUGGUUCCUUCACAAGUUGUCAAACAUUGUUGCUGUCCACAAGGAGCUCGGCAAGUUCAAUUCUCAAAACCUUCCUUUCGAGCUCUUGCACGAGGCGAAGCGUAAGGGCUUUGCUGAUGCUCAAAUCGCUGGGCUGUUGGGCGAGAAGACUACAGAGGACGUCAUCCGACAAGCACGCAAGCAGAUGGGCAUCACACCAUUUGUUAAGCGCAUUGAUACCUUGGCCGCCGAGUUCCCCGCUGACACCAACUACUUGUACACAACCUACAACGCAUCGUCGCACGAUGUCACGUUCAGUGACAAGGGUACCAUGGUUCUGGGAUCCGGCGUCUACAGAAUCGGAUCUUCGGUCGAAUUCGACUGGUGUGGCGUGUCUUGCAUUCGAGCUCUUCGCGAGCUCGGAAAGAAGACGGUCAUGGUCAACUACAACCCAGAAACGGUCUCGACGGAUUUCGACGAGUGCGACCGUCUUUACUUCGAGGAGCUGUCUUAUGAACGUGUCAUGGAUAUCUAUGAACAGGAGUCUGCGCAAGGUGUCGUUGUCUCUGUGGGUGGUCAGCUUCCUCAGAACAUUGCUCUCCGCCUCCAUGAGAACAAUGCCAAGGUCUUGGGUACUUCACCAGUCAUGAUCGAUGCUGCAGAGGACCGUUACAAGUUCAGUAAGAUUCUCGACACCAUCGGAGUUGAUCAGCCAGAGUGGAAAGAACUGACGUCUUUGGAUCAAGCCUCUGCUUUUGCGGAUCAGGUUGGCUACCCUGUUCUCAUCCGUCCCUCUUACGUUCUCUCUGGUGCGGCCAUGAAUGUCGCUCACACCCCCGAGGCCCUUCAUCGCUGCCUCACCCUUGCUGCGGAUGUGUCGCCUCUCCAUCCCGUAGUCAUCACCAAGUUCAUCGCUGGUGCUCAGGAAAUCGAUAUUGAUGCGGUUGCGCACGAUGGAAAGCUUAUUGUGCACGCCGUCUCGGAGCACGUUGAGAACGCUGGUGUUCAUUCCGGAGAUGCCACGCUGGUUUUGCCCACUCGCGAUAUCCCAGACCAGACCAAGGGCAAGCUGAAGACGAUUGCGGAGAAGCUUGCCAAGGCCUUCCAGAUCACCGGCCCGUUCAACAUGCAAAUCAUUCACAAGCCUGCAGCUCCAGGUGAUGCCAACCAGGACCCGACCUUGAAAGUCAUCGAGUGCAACAUUCGCGCUUCCCGAUCGUUCCCCUUCGUUUCCAAGGUCCUUGGCCAUAACUUUAUCACGACAGCCACCCACGCCCUCUGCGACAAGGACGUGCCUGCCCCUCAGGACUUGAUGACCAAAGAAUAUGCCUACCAAGCCGUCAAGGUCCCUCAGUUCUCGUGGACGCGCCUGGGUGGUGCUGAUCCGUUCUUGGGAGUCGAGAUGGCAUCUACAGGAGAGGUGGCUUGCUUUGGCCGCGACAAGGAGGAGGCUUACCUCACUGCCCUUCAGAGUGUCCAGAACUUCAAGUUGCCAGCGCCAAGCUCGAGUGUCCUGUUGAGCUCUGAUGAGCUGACUACUACCAGCGACUUGACCAAGAUCGGCCAGGGUCUUCAAAAAUACGGCGCCAAGAUCGUAACCAUGUCAGAGCACACACAAGAGAAGCUUAAGCAGGCUGGCAUUCCAUGCAAGUUUAUUGCUGCACCGGACGCGCUGCCUUUGAUGCACAAGGCGAUGGCCGGAGAGAACGUGCAGAUGGUGAUCUCGUUGGCAAGGAAUCGUGCCCAGCAUGUCGCCGACAAGGAGUACAUGAUCCGUCGCGCUGGUGUUGACUCGGGCAUCUCUUUGAUUAACGAUGAGAAGUGCGGUGUCUUGUUUGUCGACGCCCUCAACAAGAACGUGGAACGCAAGGCAGCCUUGGCGACAAGCAACGAGGCUACCAACAUCCCAGCAGAAGUGAAGUCCUGGGCCGAGUUUGUCGGUGGUCGCUACUAA